AACUGAUGCCAGCGGUAACAAAUUGUAAAGAAUCUGCAUUUCAGUUUUGAGAAGCUGCAAUUUCCAAAAUCAUGGAAGAUCCACCUCGGGAUAUUUGCCAACCCUCUUCCUCCUGUGUGACACAGCCAGCUUCAAAAUCCAACGGAAAUGGGAAAGGAAAAGGCAAAAAAGCAGCUUUGGAGAAGCGAGAAGCCAAUCAUCACUUGCACGUCUUGGAUUCGCACAUGCGCCUUAAUUUUCUGCAUCAGGCUGCGAUACACUUGUCUAGUCAGAGUACGAGCCUAGAUGAUGGCUUUGCAAAACUCAGCCGACGGUAUGCUAAGCUCUUUCGCGAUGUUCACAAAACUGAGAGGGUGAAAGUGAUGCCCGAUAUCGUGCAGACGUUCUGUAAAAAAUGUAAACAGAUUUUUGUAGCAAAUGUUGAGAGAUGCGAGCUGAGUUUGACCCAACGCAAAGUACUACAAAGAAAAUGUCUUUUAUGUGGUUAUGCGAAGAACUACGAACUGAAUAAGGAUUACCUUUCGAGAAAUCAGCGAUUCUGGAAGGAACAGGAGAGCAUAAAAGACAAAAACCCAGAGUUACUUGAUAAGCCGGUGCCAUAA